AUAGCACGUAGUACGAUCUCCUUGUUACUACUAGUUAUCCCAUUGUUUAGUAUGAUUAUUAAAUACUAAAAACGUUGCCAAAAGAAUUUUGACGUAUUAUUGGUACUACGGAAAAGCCCAUUUCCAUGAUAUAGGCACUACACAACAAGUACACACUACAGUAUUCGGUUGAGAACAACUCAGGCAGAGUUGAAGGGAGUGCGUGUACGCACAGUAUACUAGAAUUACAUUAAAUUAAUUACUGUAACAUAUUUGUAAACAAUCUACUGGAAGUUAACAACAAAUGAAUAUUAACUCGUAUUAUUUAAUCAAUAAAGCUUCAUGACAAUUGAAUAGCGAUAAAAGUACAUUGAAAUAUACUUCACUUGAUUGUUACCAAACAACAUAUAACAAUGUUUUUUCCUUGGGAAAUAUGGGAUAAUAUUUUUAUUCACGCGGAUCCUGUGACACUUACAAAUUUAAAGACAGUUUGUAAAUAUUGGAACGAAACCAUUUCUAAUGUCCUAAAGAUUAGUACUUCAUGGCAUAAGUUAUGUAAAUCUGAAAUUCCUGAGCAAUUUUGGACCACUCUGUGUGAAACCAUAAAUCCAUCAAAAUUUCAUAGUAACAUACAUGCAAGUAAUGCUGAAUACUGGAUGCUGAUGUAUAAACUAUGGAUGAAAUGUAAAAAUAUGACAAAAUGUAGUUCUCAAGUUAAUUCUCUUGAACUUAUGAAAUCGCAUCUUUCCGAACAUAUUAGUUGUGUGACCACUUCAGGAAAUUUAAUAGCAGUGGGAACAUCAGAAGGAUUCAUUCAUUUCUAUGAUAUGUCUGAUUUAUCUGCAUCCAAACGAUAUGUUGAUCACGUGGCAUAUUUGAAAAGUAUAAAUUUUUUUAGUGAUGAUAAAAGCUUUACUUGUAUAUGUCGUUGCAUAAAUGAUAAUAUAAGCGUUUGGGACAUGAAAACUCUGAAAAAAAUUAAUAGCACCCGUGGGGGAUUAAUUUGUACCAGUUAUAAUUUUUGUUAUACGGUAAGACAAAGUCUAGUAACUAUUGAAGGAAGUGUAGAAAGAAAGAGCCAUCGUUUUGGCUACGAUAAAAUUGUUGCGAUUUGUGCAGAUAACAACAAGGUAAUCUUCUAUACAGAAAGCGGAUAUUAUGUUCAAGCAACUUUUGACAUGAAAACUAAUGAAAACUCGGUUUCGGAUUCUGUAAGCGUUAAUGAAGAAACAUGCAUUCGCACAUGUGUUCAUCCACAUAUACGAAUUCGUCAUUAUUACAUAUUUAGGCCAAAUAUAAUUGUUUGCAUAACAGUUGAUGGGAAAUUGGGCUUUUCGAUACAAGGACAAGAGUGGAAAAUCUAUAACAUAUUUCCUAUUUUACAUGGCGUACCCACUGCAGUAUUAAUAUAUACCAAUUUACUAAUUUUGGGUUUAGAUUCAGGAAACGUUCAUAUAUUUUAUAUAAAAGAUUUCGCUACGAUCGAGUUCGACAAGACUAGAUCGAAAACAUUAAUUCUCGAGAGCACAGGUGUUGUUUCUCUCAAUAUAAUGGUUUAUACUGAAUUAUGUUUAAUAGUCGGAUAUCAUACAAAAAUUUAUGUCAUUACGUUUAUUUAAGAUAAUUAUCUAUUAUAUACAUAUAGUAAAAAACAGUUUGA